AUGGAUGUGGUAUACAUCAAGAAUGCUGAAGUGGAACGUUUCAACGGAUGUGGAUACUGCAAGUGGGCAAAGGCUACCUCAACUCCAUCCCCAGAGUUCUCUUUCUACAAGAAUCCUGGCUGGCCAGGAUGCUGUCGAGCACCUACGCCAGCCGAAUAUCGUUCGAUACCUGUAGCUGAAUGGCGUGCAGUGAGCAUCGUCCAUCAGAUCCCCAUCCCUCCCGAUAUCAAGGCAGUAUUGGAUAGCCUGUCUCCUCGCGUGGGCCCGCCCCCACCCACCUCUGGCGUAACCACCCCCAGAACAUCUCGUCCGGUAAAUGAUCGGAAAAACAGUGGGAGGAACUCUCCCUCCAGUAGACCGCCUGCGCUGGCCAAAUCGGCAACACCUGUUCGAAACCGCCCGAGCCCUAGCCCACAGACCACGACACCCAAUCUAUCAAGAAGCUCCAGCUCAACUGCUAUUUCUUCAUCGGUCCCCGGUGCACCCUCGGUCGAUUAUAGCAACCUUAACGAACGUCGUCAGAGAGGAUUGGAGUACUCUGAAAGACGGAUCGAAGGUGUCCAUUCGCUCAAUUCUUCCCCGAACCGCAAGAACGUGGAUCUCGACAAUGCCUCUCUUCCAAAGCGUGGCUCUAGCAUGAGGCGACCUACCGUCACACCGGCAACGACAUCGGUUUCCGUAUCCAAGGUCGUUGUCAAUGGUCCCUCCUCAUCCAACUCUCAGAACUCGGCCAGCGGGCGCAAAUCAAUAUCGAAGCCAGAAAAACCGACUACCCCUCCGACGCCUUCCCGGCCGAGCCAGCCUUCCCGUCCCACCUUACUCAUCCCUCCCUCUGAUGCUCGAAGAAGAAAGGAGGACGACAUUUCCAGUGCUUCGAGUAGCAGUGGUAGCAGUGAUGGUAUGGGAUCUUUAUCAGACAGUACAGUCACUUCUGAUGGUGGCUUCACUGAUUAUCUAUCCGACGAAUCCGAGGCAGAGCUACAGCGACAAGCUGAAGCCAAGGCGGCCCUUCUCGCCUUGAAUAUGGCUGAAGAACUCGAAUUCAAAGCUGCACGAUUGCAGCUUGCCCACGUCGAUCUGCGACCCCCCAAGUCGUGGAAUCCAACGAACAUCACGAAUACCGCGCCUUCUGCUAGAACCAUGGCCCGCGCCUCCAAUCGAACUUGA